AUGGCGUCUAGUAAUCCAUUCUUUGAUGAUAUACGGAGCAGAUCAGGGGUUGAUCCUCCUCAAACUGAAGAGUCGACAGAAAUUCCCGAACUCAUAAGUGAUUCUAUACAGACUGUUGUUAAACCUAAUGGAACUGUUUCGAGUAGUGUUCGUGAGCUUUUAGAGUGCCCCGUGUGCUUGAAUGCUAUGUACCCUCCAAUCCACCAGUGCUCAAACGGUCACACUUUAUGCUCUGGUUGCAAACCAAGAGUCCAUGACCGGUGCCCGACUUGUCGGCACGAGCUUGGAAAUAUUAGAUGUUUGGCAUUGGAGAAGGUGGCUGCGUCUUUAGAACUUCCUUGUAAAUAUCAAGGUUUUGGGUGCAUAGGCAUAUACCCUUAUUACAGCAAGCUAAAACACGAGUCUCAAUGCGCAUUUAGACCUUAUAAUUGUCCAUAUGCUGGUUCGGAAUGUGCUGUCGUGGGUGAUAUACGGUUCUUGGUGGCACAUCUUAAAGAUGAUCACAAAGUGGAUAUGCAUAGUGGUUGCACUUUUAAUCAUCGAUACGUCAAAUCAAAUCCACAAGAAGUUGAAAAUGCCACUUGGAUGUUAACGGUUUUUAGUUGCUUCGGUCAGUAUUUCUGUCUACAUUUCGAAGCUUUUCAACUUGGAAUGGCUCCGGUCUACAUAGCAUUUUUGCGGUUUAUGGGCGAUGAUAAUGACGCAAAGAACUAUACCUACAGUCUCGAGGUAGGCGGAAAUGGAAGGAAGAUGACAUGGCAAGGAGUGCCUAGAACCAUUCGGGAUAGUCACCGCAAGGUUCGCGACAGUUUUGACGGUCUCAUCAUUCAGAGGAACAUGGCUCUGUUCUUCUCCGGCGGUGACAGGAAGGAAUUGAAACUUCGAGUAACCGGAAGGAUUUGGAAAGAACAAUGA